GUACAUGCGUACACAAUACAGCAAAUAUGCACGUGCUACACAAGCAGUAGAUUUACUUUAACCUAGAAAUUAUUCGCGUCAAAGUUUCGUAGUUUUGCGAGGUACAUACAUCGGUAACUAGUGCUUAAACAUAAAUAUCAUAAAGUAAAUUAUUAAUUGUAAUGACAAUGCAGGUUCCUACAAAUGUGGAUUCCGAACAGAUUAAAGCCUUUCGAGACUUCCUGACGUCCUAUAACAAACUAUCAGAAAUUUGUUUUAUCGAUUGUAUAAAUGAUUUUACCGGACGGGAUAUAAAAACGAAGGAAGAAAAGUGCGCCCUCAAUUGUAUGGAAAAAUACUUGAAGAUGAACCAAAGAGUGUCCCAACGGUUUCAAGAAUUCCAAAUGAUUGCUAACGAAAAUGUAUUAGCUGCUAAUAAAAAAUUGGGCGAAGGUAGAUAAUUUUGAAGAUCGAAUAUAUAAACUGUUCAUAAAUUAAGUUAAAUAUAUAUAUUAGGUUAGCAUGUAUUGUAAUUUGGAUAUUCCACUACUAUAUAAUUUUGUCUUGGAGAUGAAAUAAAACUAUACACCGAAUAAAAAUUAACAAGGAAAUAAA